AUAAAUCACAACAAUUGAAGUUCACUCUAAAUCACAGUGAAUUGACAUUCACACAAAGCAGUGUUUUUUCAUUGAGAAAAGUGUCGUCAAAUAUUCCUGUGUCAUCCACACCAAAUGGAAUUUGAAUUGCAAAUCCACAUUUUUUCAAAAACAAUAGUCACCGUUUUACUAAUUAACUGGAUUUAACUUUAGAAGUAAACUACGUUCAGACACUCUUAUUCAUAAAAAUGACUUCUAUACUUGAACAUCUGGUUUCCGGUUAUAGCAAAUUAGUGCAAUGGUCAGAUACUCGGACCAGGUAUUAUCCAUUUAUGGGUUCUCCGAUACCACUUAUCACACUCUUAUCUUUAUAUUUUUGGUAUAUAUUUGACCACGGUCCAAAGGUGAUGAAAAACUCACCUGCUAAGGAUAUUACAAAUAUAAUGAAACAGUAUAAUUUGAUACAAAUAUUUUUGAAUUGUAUUGGAAUUGUUUGGGGUAUUAUAAUGUGGAACUACACCAGCAUUUUAUGUACUCCAAUUACUGAAAAUAUACUAAUCUUUCCACAUUAUAUGUAUUUUCUCCUAAAAGCAAUGGAUCUCGUUGACACUGUAUUUUUUGUACUACGUAAAAAAUUCAACCAAAUCACAUUUCUUCAUUUAUAUCACCACGUUAUAAUGGUGAUCGGAUCUUGGAUCACUUGUAACUAUUUUCCCGGAGGCCAGUUAUACUUUCUAGGAUUUAUUAAUUCAUUCGUCCAUGCAGUCAUGUACUUAUAUUAUUAUCUAACUUUGGUAGAUCCAUCAUAUAAGAAGAGUAUUUGGUGGAAAAAGCAUCUAACUCAGAUACAAAUUGCUCAACACUGUACAAUAUUUGUUACAUUUCUGAUACCCCUUCUCAAUCCUGAGUGUUCUUACCCAAAGUGGAUAUUAUUAUCAUACUUGCCAGCAUGUGGUCUCAUGAUUUACCUGUUCACCGACUUCUACGUCAAGGCUUACGUGAAGAAGAAGCCAGCAAAGCGGAAUAAAUGAUCAAUAAAUGUUAGAAUAA